AUGGCUAAUCUCCCUAACCUGCGACGCCUCUUCGUCGAGGCUCGGACGGAGGUUGAGGAGAACGAGUACUCCCGCACGGCUUUCUACAAUCUGGUACUCUUUAUUUCGUCCGUCGCUGUCUUCAGCUUGGCCGCCCAACGCAUGAGCGGGACUAAAUCCGUCAAAUGA